AUGAACUGUGGCACGCCAGGCACUCCUCCCGCCCCUGCAGACGUUGAAAUUCCGGAGGACAUAAGAAGACAUCACGCCUCUGCGCCCGCGCCCGUGGCGCCGACUACGCCAAACCCACGAGACACUGCUCUGGAGGCGAUGCUACAAAUCCUUAUGGCAAUGCAGAGCAACCAAGAUCCCGCACCACUCUUCUCGAAGGCGGCGGAGUGCCUAAACCGAGGCGUCCACUACAAUGAUGGGGCUUAG